AUGUCUGACACUGCCCGCGACGUCGGUCAUACCGACUCCCGGGACUCUCACGACUCGAACCCUCCAAACGGUUCGGAGAAGAAAAAGAGCCGCCGCCCAGCAAAUACCGCGUUCCGCCAACAGCGCCUAAAAGCAUGGCAACCGAUCCUGACGCCAAAGACGGUCAUUCCGAUUUAUUUCGCCAUUGGCAUCAUCUUUGCUCCCAUCGGGGGGCUCCUUCUUUACGCCAACUCUCAAGUACAAGAAAUUAGGAUCGACUACACAAAGUGCAUCGCGGAUGCCACCGACACAUUCAGCGAUAUGCCCUCCAAAAACAUUGAUAUGGCCUUCAAAAACGGUAGCCUCAACGACGUCCAUCCACAGUGGAAAAAGGAAACUGGCGUCAAGGUCAACAUCAGCACGGCCGUCACCGUCGACACCGACAUCUGCCACCUGCGCUUCAGCAUCCCCGACGACAUGAAGCCACCCGUGCUAUUCUACUACGCCCUCACAAACUUUUAUCAGAACCACCGCCGCUACGUCGACUCGUUUGACGCCGAGCAGCUCAAUGGCGCCGCACGUUCCUAUUCGGAUAUUGACGGAUCCAAGUGCACGCCGCUCAAAGUCAACUCGACGGUGAACAAGCCCAUCUUCCCUUGCGGCUUGAUUGCCAACUCCAUGUUCAACGAUACCUUCUCGAGCCCCAGGCUGAUGAACCCGCCCGGCUCCAACGCGCCCCGCGACUACACCAUGAACAACAGCACCAACAUCGCUUGGGCCAGCGACAAGGACCUCUACUCCAAGACAAAGUACAACUUCACGGAAAUCGUGCCCCCGCCCAACUGGCACGCCCGGUACCCGGACGGCUACACGGAGGAGAACCCGCCCCCGGAUCUCAAGAACUGGGAGGCGUUCCAAGUCUGGAUGCGCACAGCCGCACUGCCCGACUUCAGCAAGCUGUACCAGCGCAACGACGACAACAUCAUGGAGAAGGGGACGUAUGAGAUUGCCAUCAACGACUACUUCAGGGUGAGCGAGUUUGGCGGCACAAAGUCGGUCCUCAUCACCACCCGCAGCAUCAUGGGCGGCCGCAACCCUUUCCUCGGCAUCGCCUACAUCGUCGUCGGCGGCGUCUGCAUCAUCCUCGGUGCCGUCUUCACCGCUACGCACCUCAUCAAGCCCAGAAAACUCGGCGACCACACCUAUCUCUCGUGGAACAACACCCCGACUGCCAAGUCGAGCGGCGGUUCCGCGACCGCCGUCGCCUCGGGCCGCGAGGUGCGUCCCACUGAGGCCUAG